AUGGACGAUAGUGGGCCCCCGUGUAGACGGUGCGCUGAGCGUGAUCUGUCAUGUGUGCUGAACAAAAGCCUGCAGACGCUGAUCGAGGAACGUUCGCAGUGGAAACACACAGUCGUCGGCGACCUCGGCCAGAUCCACGCAUCACUGCAACAAACACUAGCAAAACUGUCGCUACCUCUACUUCCACCGUUACAGUCAAACAUAGAGCAGGCUCUAGAGCAGACGGAUCAACAUGAAGUCAAUAGUCAAGAAGACGAUGCGCCAUCAUGCGACAAUUCGCCUCGUAUUUCACCUAAAGAAGGCCUUCCUCACGCACCCAUCGAUUCACUCUACCAGAUCACCCGGCUAAGAGCGCUCCGCUCAGAUGAUCCAUCGCUUACAGAGCAGAGAGUAAAUCCACCCGUGAGCGACUUCAUCUCAAGAGGUUCCAUCAGCGUCGAGGACGCGGAGCGUCUAGUCGACUUCUUCUUAAAGCGCAUCGAUCAUUUCAUGUACAUGAUAGGUAGCGGAGGGCACUCUGGCCUAACUAGCCUGCGUCGCAGUUCAUCCCUCCUGACUGCGUGCAUAUGCACCGUUGCGGCGCUUCACGAUCCGAGCAGUAAUCAUUUGUAUGGAAUUUGCAAUCGCGAAUUUCGCAGACUUAUGUCAGCUUCAAUGUUCGCCCGUCGCAUGGAUCAGGACUCCAUGCGAGCCAUGUGCAUCGCGACUUACUGGCUCCACGACCUCUCGUGGAUGAUCAGCGGCUAUGCAAUACGACGAGCCAUGGAAGUGAAUCUUGGCAGCAACUACCAGCGUGUCUUGGCCAACAGCAAUGAAGACGCUAUGAACAAUCUGCGAAUCUGGUAUAUCUUGUAUAUCUGCGAUCGUCACCUCUCUAUACUGUAUGGUAGACCGUCCAUCGUGCAGGACGACGCAUCUAUUGCUGGAUGGGAAAAGCUCAUGGCCACUUCGGUCUUUACCGAGUCCGACAAGCGACUAGUCAGUCAAAUGGCACUAUUGAUAAUCAUGGGUAACGUGCGAGAGCUUUUUGGACCAGAUACUGGGGAGCCUAUACCAAAAGCGUUUGCUCCUAAGUUGAUGACCUUCAGCCUACAGAUUGAUCACUGGAUGGGUUUCUGGUCAACCUCCCUCUUGAGAAUACAUGAUUUUAUUGGUGAGUUCCCCACGAAAGGCGCCAAUCUACACCAUCAUCUCGCAAAACUACAUCUCCAUUCCCACGUAUUUCGAGGUCUGCAGGGUAACACCGUACCGCCGUGUUUUCAAGACAGCGCUCGUGCUGCUGUUGCAGCUGCAGUCGCAAUCAUUGAACUAGUCUUGAUCGACCCUGAUAUCCGUAACGGAUUGAUUGGUAUCCCGCACUACAUCCACUCCAUGAUCGCCUUUGCCUGCGUUUUCCUCCUUAAGGUCUCGACGCAAUACCCAGCACAAUAUAUCGAAGACGCUGUCGUUUUCGACCUGACCACAAGAGCGGUACAGCAAUUUCGUACGACUCCUGUGGGGAAAUGGCACCUCGUUCACAUGAUGGCCGAGGGCUUGGAGAAGAUGAUUGAUAGGCAAAGAAACGUUCACACAGCCUCUGAUAUUACGCAUUAUCACAAUGGUACAGUCCGACCGGGCAUCCGACAAGCGUCUGAGCCUAAUACUACCUCGACGCCUUUGCUGAACGGCGAAAGCUCGUAUGGCGACGAUGUUUUUGGUAAUGGAUUUGAGGAAGGCUUCAACUUCGGCACUUCUUCUUUCUUGAACUUCGAUACUGGAACUCUCGACGAGGACUUUACCGGAUUCGGCUUCUGA